AUGUCGGCCCCUGGAGCUGGUCACGAAUUCCCUGCCCAAGAGGUCUCUUGGCAGAAGCGCGAUGUGCUAUUGUUCGCCAACAGCAUUGGUGUCAAGGCCGACGAGCUGCACUUCCUCUAUGAACUUCACCCGAACUUCUCAGUCUUCCCAACCUAUUCUCUCAUCCUCCCAUUCAAGCUCACUGAUCAGGAGGUGACUGAUUUCUAUGCCCGCCAGAAGGCAGUCCACAUUCCAGGUGUCCCCGACCUGGACCAUCGUCAUGGCGUCGAUGGCCAGCGUAAGAUCACGAUUCUGAAGCCGCUUCCCACCACUAGUGCAGGGCGCAAGUUUGAGCUGCGCAGUAAGGUCAUUGGUGUCUAUGAUAAAGGCAAGCCUGGUACUGUGAUCGAGACCGAGCAGUCUAUUGUGGAUAAGGAGAGCGGCGAGGUGUACAGCAAGGUCGUGACCAGCGGCUUCCUGGUCGGACAGGGUGGCUGGGGAGGUCCGAAGGGACCUAGCACCGUCAACUACGCCCCGCCCGAGGGCAAGGCCCCCGACGCUACCCAUGUUGUUCAGAGCAACUCGGAGACAGCCCACCUGUACCGUCUCAACGGUGACUACAACCCUCUCCACGCUACACCAGAGCCUGGUCAGAAGAUGGGCUUUGGUGGUAUUAUUAUCCACGGCCUUUUCAGCUGGAAUUCUGCUGCGCACGGGAUUCUGCGCGAAUUGGGUGGUAGUAACCCCGCCAAUAUGAAGGAGUUCCAGGCUCGCUUUGCCUCGCCCGUCCGGCCCGGCGAUAAGCUUACCACUGAAAUUUGGAGAAUGGGCAACAUCCAGGAUGGCUAUGAGGAGAUCCGCUUUGUUACCAAGAAUGACAAGGGUCGAGUUGUGUUGAGCAAUGGCCGUUGUCUGUUGAAGGUGACGGGAGCAAAGAGCAAGCUGUGA